AUGGCAUCGAACGGCAGUAAUGAUGCUGCGAGCGUUCCGGCAACACAUCGCGCCGUCAUUAUAGAAGCUGGAGACCAUGUGCGCAUACGAGAGGAUGUGCCCUUGCCUUCACUCCAGGAUGAUCAAUUCCUCGUUCGAACUGAAGCUGUGGCCAUCAAUCCCAGCGACACCAAGAUGCGCGGCACCUUUGUGACUGCUGGCGGCAUUUUGGGAACUGAUUACGCCGGGACCGUCGUGGCUCGCGGGCAGCAUGUCACCGAGGUGGCUGUAGGCGAUAGGGUCUGCGGAGCGCAACAUGCCAUGUACGCCAACGAGCCUCUCCGUGGUUCUUUUGGGGAGUACAAUAUCUCAGCCGGCAGAGUCUGGUCAAAGUUGCCGCCCUCGAUCAGCACUACCAGUGGUGCAACAUUUGGCGCAGGUAUCAGCACUGCGGGUAUAGCUCUGAAGCUUCUGGGACUGCCUCUGCCUGACGCCCCAGUGGAGAAGCCUGCAUACGUUCUGGUGUAUGGAGGCAGCACCGCGACUGCAACUAUCGCGAUACAGCUACUCAGAUUGAUCAACAUGAUACCCAUUGCAACUUGCUCCGCCAAGAACUCGGAACAAGUCAAAUCGUAUGGUGCCGAGGAGACUUUUGACUACAAAGAACCAGGUUGCGCGGCCAGAAUUAAAGCUUACACCAAAAACAACCUACGAUACGCACUAGACUGUAUCACGAAUGUACAGACAACCACCUUCUGCUAUGCCGCACUCGGCCGCGCUGGCGGCAAGUAUGUCUCGCUGGACCCGUACUCGGAGCAUGCCGCCGCGCGACGCACCGUCAAGGGCGACUGGGUGCUGGGGCCCUCCAUCUUUGGUGACGGUUCGACGUGGCCGGCGCCGUACGGUCGGCCGCCGAGCGACGAGCUCCGUGCUUAUGGAGAGAAACUGUGGAGGUUGGCGCAGGAGCUGAUCGCCGACGGCAAACUGCGACCUCAUCCUGCUCGCACGCUCGAGGGGGGACUUGAACGCAUAUCGGAGGGAAUGGAAAUGGUGAAGAAUGGCCAGUUUGCAGGAGAGAAGUGCGUGGUUCUUUUGUAA